AUGAGUUUUCUGGGUCGCUUCAUACCCACUGUCACCGCUCGUACCGUCAUCAGAUUCGCCUCUACUGGACGAUUGUACACCAAGAAGCACGAGUGGAUUCAGGUGGAGAAAGGACAUGGUUUGGUUGGAAUCACGGAUUUUGCUGCGGUGGGUAACGGUAGACCACGAUUCAGUUCUAGGACAAUGGUUUCAGGAGCAACUAGGAGAUAUUGUGUUCGUUGAGCUGCCGGAGCCAGAAAAUGCUAUCGAGAAGGGACAGUCUACGGGUGCCGUUGAAAGUGUGAAGGUACAUACAAUUCAAGAAUUUGCACCAAUCGGUCCUACUGUCUUAGGCAACCUAGGAUAUUUCUCCAAUAAUCUCUACUUGCAGGCAGCCUCGGAUAUCUACGCCCCGGUCAGUGGAACCGUCCUCGACAAGAACAGCAAACUUGAAGACGAGCCCGGACUCAUUAAUAAGAGCCCAUUCGAAAAAGGAUGGCUGUACAAGAUCCAACUUCUAAACGAAGCCGAACUGAAGGAACUUCUCACGGAAGCUCAGUACACCGAAUUUAAGGAAUCCGAGGAGGCGGCUCACUGA